UUUAUGGGAAACAGUUACAUUAACAAUGUUUAAAUUAAAAAAAUAUUUUAAACUAAUGAAAUAUCGUAUUUAUAUUAUUAUUAAGAUAUAGAGGCUUUAUUGUAAAUAAUAAGAACCGAACAAAUGACCAGAAAAAGAGUAGUCAAAAGCGGGACCCAUAGGAGUGAAAAGUGGAGAGUAUCAUGUGGGGAGAAGCUUGUCUUCGGGUAUCUGUCUGAAUCUUCCCUCUCCCUUUCCUUUGCUGUUUCUUUUUCUAUUGUCAACAUUUAUUCAUUAUUUCCAUCUGGUCGGUUUAUGUUUGUUCUGCUUUCUACACUGAACAAAUUAAUAAUUUUAGCUAUUCAAAUUCAUACUCACCUUAGCAAAACACUCUCUCUCAGUCUAAGCGACCUGUAUCGGCGUUUCACUGUGUUCCUCUACCGCUGAUUAAUUGGGACUCACCACUAACUUUUCAGUUGCUCCGGUGAUCGCUUUAGAGACACUUACACCGGAGGCGUUACGGGACUGCGGGUUCCGACUUUAUUGGAGUCCACAAAAGGAAUGUGAAGAAGUUGCAAAAAUCAAUCCUGAGUGUGAGAAAUCAGAUUUAAGAAAAUGGGAGAAGGAGACGACAAUGAAGCAGAGUCAAAUGAGAGAUCGUUGGCCUUAUCACCUACUUGGUCUGUUGCUAUAGUCUUGUCUGUCUUCGUUCUUGUUUCUUUGAUCGUUGAGCGCUCCAUUCACCGCCUCAGCACUUGGUUAAGGAAGACAAAGAGGAAACCUAUGUUUGCUUCUUUGGAGAAGAUGAAACAAGAGUUGAUGCUGCUUGGCUUCAUCUCACUUCUUCUGACAGCUACCUCUAGCACAAUAGCCAACAUCUGUCUCCCUUCAAGUUUCUACAACGACAGAUUUGUUCCUUGUACACGUUCUGAGAUUAAAGAGGAAGAGCUUGGAAACGAAUCAUCUGUCAAGAGGAAUCUCUUAACCAAAUCCUUCUUCUUCAGCAUCUUUAAGAGAAGAAGGUUGGAAGGCAUUCACCAUCCUACUUGCAGCGAGGGGCAUGAGCCGUUUGUUUCAUACGAAGGACUUGAGCAGUUGCAUCGCUUCAUCUUUAUAAUGGCGGUUACACAUGUUACUUACAGCUGCUUGACCAUGCUCCUUGCUAUCGUUAAGAUUCAUAGUUGGAGGAUCUGGGAGGAUGUAGCUCGCAUGGAUCGUCAUGAUUGCUUAACUGCGGUGACAAGGGAAAAAGUAUUAAGAAGGCAAACAACGUUUGUUCAGUAUCAUACAUCUGCUCCUCUGGCCAAGAAUAGAUUGCUUAUAUGGGUGACAUGUUUCUUCAGGCAAUUCGGACAUUCUGUUGUUCGUUCUGACUACCUUACUCUCCGGAAGGGAUUCAUUGUGAAUCACCACCUCACAUUGAAGUACGAUUUUCACAGCUACAUGAUUCGUUCUAUGGAGGAAGAGUUCCAAAGGAUCGUUGGUGUAAGUGGGCCGCUUUGGGGGUUUGUAGUUGCUUUCAUGCUCUUUAACAUAAAAGGAUCAAAUCUCUAUUUCUGGAUAGCAAUCAUACCUGUUACUCUUGUUCUUCUGGUUGGUACCAAGCUGCAACAUGUAAUAGCAACUUUGGCAUUAGAGAAUGCUGGUUUAACAGAAUAUCCUUCUGGAGUUAAGCUGAGACCUAGGGAUGAACUUUUCUGGUUCAAUAAACCAGAACUACUCUUGUCCCUUAUCCACUUCAUCCUAUUCCAGAACUCUUUUGAACUGGCUUCAUUCUUCUGGUUCUGGUGGCAGUUUGGUUACAACUCUUGCUUCCUGAAGAAUCAUCUCCUUGUUUACUUCCGACUUAUUUUAGGGUUUGCUGGACAGUUUCUAUGCAGCUACAGCACACUCCCACUAUAUGCAUUGGUUGCUCAGAUGGGAACGAACUAUAAAGCGGCUCUGAUACCUCAGAGGAUAAGAGAUACGAUUCAAGGUUGGGGGAAAGCGACCAGAAAGAAAAGAAGACAUGGUUAUUACGGCGAUGAUUCGACUGUUAGGACAGAAACAAGCACGGUUGCAUCUAUUGAAGAAUAUGACCAUCAAGUGCUUGAUGUUGCUGAAUCUUUUACACAACAAUAGAAAAAAGGAAUUGAGCUUGAGUUGCAGCCAAUCCAACCUCGUAAUACUUCUGCUUCUGCAGCUAAUGAAUCUUCAAGUAGAGCUGGAACACCUCUUCUUCGACCUUGUGUCUCGAUUUCUUCAGCAACGACCCCAGAGCUAAUAGUAGAACCUAUGGAACCACUCUCGAGAUCAUCUUCAUUGCCAGUGAGAAGAGAAUGAUAAGAUGAGUCACGGUUCUGAAGAUUGGUUUAGAGGAGUACAAGUUUGUAGGAGUAAUUUCAGUAGCAAAACAUAAGGUCCUUCCUAGCUCCGAGCUGUCUGAAU